GGCAACAUCAAGGUCUAUAUUAUUUUUACUGUAAUAUUUUGUCCUAUGGCAAUAUUACAGGACUUUACGCCACGGACUUUGCCGACGAGGCACGUUUUCUUGUAUCUCCUAACUUUAUGUAAAUAUUUCCUAGUUUUAAUAUAAUACAGUCCACUUUUUAACAUCUCGAAGAGUUUUAUUUACCGGAGCGACCAUCGCCUCCAACAUUGGUCCAUACGAGACCGGGAAAAAUCAGUGACUUUGAAGACAAAGAAAGCAGCGCGGCGGCGGGAAAGUGUCGUCAACAUAAAGUCAACGAUAGCAUUUUUCCUACGACGGGUGGCAGCGAUUUACGUCGAAUUAUUAAUGGACGAGCCAUCUAUCGCAACAAAAUAGGAAUUUGCGGCGAUUCUAUACAUUCUUCACUUCAACUUCAACUUCAAACGCUUCGCGCCUACGAGGUUUGGCGGCAAAAUUUUUCCUAGUCAUUCCAUCGCUACAUAAUAGGCUGCAGAAACAGCGAUAAGAAGAUUAUAGAAGAAGGAAGAAACCUACAUGUUUUCACGCUACAUAAUCGUGAGCAUCAAUUCUGUUUCAUAUUUUCAAGCUACACGCAAAAUUUAUCGUGAGCGGCAAUUUUUUAUUUUUUUUUAAAGUGACUUCAAUUUUUUCACUUCAAUCCACUUCAAUAUUGACUGGGUAUCAUUGAUCGGUGUCUUCGUCGCACAUAUUUACCGCAAGAGGGCAACAUCUAUACCACUCACUCACUCCGUGUGCCGUGUGCGUGCGGCCUAUAAUACAACGGCGGCACAGCAUUUCAGCCAAUCACGGACGAGCGGGAAAUUUGACGCAGAGCGGCAACCAAUCACAGCAAGGUGACGCAGUGAAGCUCUACCGGCGCGACGAGGAACGAAUCUCCGAACAAUUUUUUGAAUUUUUUACUCAUUCAACCAUUUUAAUUUUUUCGUUAAAUCAUAAUUUCAUUUUUUACAUUUUAUAUUUAUACAAGUUUUAUUCGUUUGUUAUAUACUAUUGUAAUUGUUAUUAACGGCAAUGGCAGACGACGAGCGUUUUCAUCAUUUAAUUGCAGCAAGAGGAUACGUAAAGGGCACGUUGACACGGAUUUUUAAUUUUGUGGCUAGUGAACAAUUCAACAAGGCGACUAUGGACACCUUAAACAUUCGCAAGUCGCGGCUCGAGACUUCGUUCAAGGAGUACGAGCAGUUUAAUGUGGAAAUAAUACAGCUUAGUGAUGACGACAAGGAGGAUGUAGAGUCCAUGGAGGACAAGUAUUACUCGGCCCUUAGUUCCCUGAGCAGCCAACUGUCUUUGCUCUCUGGUACGGCUAUGCGUACCGAGAAGCCUAACACGCCGUCAACGUCGUCUGCCACGGCUGCCAAAAUCAAUCUGCCUCAAAUUCAAAUUAAACCUUUCACUGGUAAGUACGGUGACUUUAAACCGUUUAUUCAACUGUAUAACAGUAUGAUUCAUAACAACAGUUCGUUAGACAAUAUCCAACGCAUGUACUAUUUAAGGACUUUGUUAAAAGAUGAGCCUUAUGACUUAAUUAAGAACUUACCUUUGUUAGAUGAGAGCUAUGAAGAGGCAUUGCAAUUAAUUAACAGUAGAUAUGACAAUCGUCACUUGAUUAUUUGUGAUCAUAUUAACACAAUCUUGGAUAUGCCCUCUGUAUCAAAAUCAACCUCAGUGCAACUGCGCGAGUUUAUAUCGACAGUUAGGCAGGAAAUUGUGGCUUUAAAGAACUUAGACGACUCAGUUAAAUCGUGGGAUGCCAUAUUAUUGUGUCUUUUGUUUCGCAAACUAGAUACCUACACGGCACGAGCAUAUCAGAUGGAACGAGACCUGAAGGCUGACCCGUCCCUCAAGGAGUUCCUUGAGUACCUAGAACGACGAGCCAUGGCUCUGGAAACUGCAGACCAGGGUAUGGUAAGGAAGAAACUGGCUGUCAACAUCGCAACCGACUCAGGAGCCUCCGGAUGUCUGAAAUGUGAUACUGCCAUCCACGGAGCCAGAGCGCCUCUCAUCGCAGAAUGAGCUGCCCACACCGCGCUUCAUAAACACCAAGUUCGGCUAUGUAGUGGGAGGUAGUGUUGCAGACCAGCAUGCGUCUGAUAAGGUUGUAUCUUUGUAUUGUCAAAGCUGUGUUAACGGUCUUAAUAAUGCUGUAAGUUCAUUUUGGGAAGCUGAAAGUGUACCACAUGUAUACAAUGAAAAAUCUACAGAGCACAGGCUCUGCGAAAGUGUAUUCCUAAACUCUGUGAAGUUGCAGGACAAUCAUAAUUUAGAAAAACGAUUGCAUAAAGAUGAGAGGUCUUUCUCUGAAUAUCAGAGCUUUAAUACUAUUGGUAGCCCUGCCGAUUUAAUAAGCAGAGGCACCCUAAGUGACCCCAGUGAUCUUCCACACUCCAAGGUACGGUGGCACGGCCCAGACUUUCAACGAAACAGUGAGUACUUAGUCCAUGAAUAUAUAGACUUACCUGUCAAUUUACCUGAGCAGAAGUCUGCUACACCCGGGUCACCUGUAGACCUACCUGAAGCCCCGACCACCAGCGCCGUGAUCUCCCUGGUCGCGCAAUCGCAGUCGGAGGUAUUUGAUUAUAUUUACAAGUAUUCAUCUAUACAAAAAAUGACACGAGUUUUAGCUUAUGUACUGAGAUUCUGUCGCAACAUUAAAUCUAAAAACGAUAAGAAUAAAAAUAAUUAUUUGUCUAGUGCCGAGUUAAAUAAUGCAUUGAGACUGAUUUUGAAACAUGAUCAAUCCCUUCACUUCAAAGAGGAAUUUCACUCUAUAGGAAAUGGUACUUGUUUAAAAGGUAGUUUAAAGCCAUUGCAUCCGUUUGUAGAUGAAGAGGGUUUAUUAAGAGUAGGGGGCAGGCUUGACCAUGCUAAUCUUACCUAUGUUAGGAAACACCCUUUGAUAUUAGCUAAAAAUUCUCAUGUUACACAACUUAUUAUUCUGAAUGAGCAUUAUAGGCUGCUUCAUGCAGGACCUAAACUUUUGUUAUCUAGCUUAAACGAAAGAUACUGGAUAAUUAAUGGUAUACGAGAGAUUAAAAAAGUCACUCACAAAUGUAUUAUGUGUUUCAGACUGAAAGCGGCGGCUGCAAAACAGUUAAUGGGUUCAUUACCUGCGGACCGUGUCACCCCUUCGCGUCCCUUCGAGAAGGUUGGAAUAGACUUCGCUGGGCCCGUCAAUGUUAAGCUUUCGCGUAUACGAAAGUCAGUAGUAGGUAAAGGCUAUAUUUGUGUUUUCGUCUGCUUUUCAACAAAGGCAAUUCAUCUUGAGUUGGCCUCAGACUUGACCACCGAUACCUUUCUCGCUUGUUUCAAACGACUAAUAUCGCGACGCGGUUUGCCCACCGAUGUUUAUUGUGACAACGCAGCGACGUUUAAGGGCGCAGACAACCAAUUAGCUGAUUUGCACAAGCUGCUCGCGUCUCGAGACCAUCAAACACAGGUGCAAGAUUAUUCAACUAUUAGAGGAGUGCGAUUUAACUUCAUUCCAUGCUACUCACCGGUGUUUGGUGGCCUCUGGGAGGCCGCAGUCAAAAGUACAAAGUACCAUUUAAAACGUAUUGUACACAACACUCUGCUAACUUAUGAGCAGCUUCAAACUGUUUUGUGUGAGAUCGAAGCCGUACUAAAUUCGAGGCCUUUAGUUCCCAUGUCAACUUCAGACAUCGAUGACUUUUCAUACCUCACGCCGGGACAUUUUCUCAUUGGGGUGGCUCCGACCUCAUAUCCAGAACAAAAUGUGUCAGAUGUACCUAACAAUAGGUUAAGGUUUUGGGACCAUUGUAUAAAGCUAAAACAAAUGUUUUGGAAAGUAUGGUACAAACAUUAUCUUACCGUGUUACAAACUCGUCCUAAAUGGCGAGAUGAUGUACCAAAUAUUGAUGUAGGUUCUCUAGUGAUACUUAGGGAACAAGACACCCCACCAUUGUCAUGGCCCAUGGCCCGGGUAACCAAAGUUUUCCCUGGAGCUGACCAGAAAGUUAGGGCUUUAGAAGUAAAGACGCCUAAUGGCAAAACUCACAUUAGGUCUGUGACGAAGGUGAGCGUCUUGCCUAUAGAUAAGUAAAUAUAUUUAGAAUAAGAUUAAAGGUUAUUUUAUUUUAUAUGUGCUUAUGUAUUUACUUACCUGAAGAUACAUUGUUAUGUUUUACUUACAUACCUAUUAUAGGAUAUUUUUAUAUAGAAUAAGUUACAUAAAAUUAUUAUUUUAAUGUUUUCAUUUUGCAAACAGUUUUCUUACAAAUAUUGUUAUGAGAUGUAAUGUUUUUCUCUUUUAAUAAUAACAAUUCUUAAAACUGUUGUACAUCUAUACUCUGGUCGAUAGUUUUUUUUUAACUUAUAUAAAGGCAUUGUAUCAGAUGUAAAAGGUUACUAUUUGUACUUAUGUGUCUAAAGUUUUCACUAGAUUGUUUUUCACUUAACUUAAAAGAAAUGUUAUUCAUGUGCUUCAUAGAAUACAUUAAAAUGAAUGUUUUACAUUGAAUUGAUUAGCUUCACUUCAGUAGUAUGUCUUUAAUAGUUUGAUAUUCUACUCUAUAAGUUGUGCUUUAAAAGGUUAAUUGCUUCAAUUUAAAAAUAAGUCAUAUUCUGUGAGGCCGCAGCAUGUUGGCAACAUCAAGGUCUAUAUUAUUUUUACUGUAAUAUUUUGUCCUAUGGCAAUAUUACAGGACUUUACGCCACGGACUUUGCCGACGAGGCACGUUUUCUUAUAUCUCCUAACUUUAUGUAAAUAUUUCCUAGUUCUUAAUUCUAAUACAGUCCACUUUAACAUC